UUCAUUUUUCAAUAGAAACACACACAUUGACACUUUCCUUUCGAAAUCUCAGCCCAACGGCCCCAACCCACAAAUUGCUGCACCAUAUUUCUUCAUCUGGCAAUGCCAGCUCUAGUUCCUCUUCAGCUUUUCUCUAAUUUCGUACCCAAAACUCACCCCCUUUGCAGAAUACCCUUUUGCAGAAAGGAUAUUUGUAGCACUGCUCGUACUUUUUCUCCUCGGAGUUCUGUCUCAUCAAGAAAAUCAUCACUUUCUACUGUUGCUCCACUGGAAGCAAUACUAUUUGAUAUUGAUGGAACACUGUGUGAUUCAGAUCCUAUUCACUACAACGCUUUCAGAGAAAUGCUGCAAGAGGUAGGUUUCAACGGGGGAGAACCAAUAAGCGAAGAAUUCUUCAUAAAAAACAUUAGCGGCAAGCAUAAUGAGGAACUAUGUCGUGUUCUGUUCCCAGAAUGGAAUCUCAAAAAAGCCCUGAAAUUUAUGGAUGAUAAGGAAGAAUUUUUCCGAAGAUUGGCAUCAGAACAAUUAAAACCGAUAGCUGGCCUUGAUGAGUUGUGUAACUGGAUUGAAGAUCGUGGUUUCAAACGAGCUGCUGUUACUAAUGCUCCGAGACCAAAUGUUGAACUGAUGAUCCCCCAACUUGGCCUUGUGGUUUUUUUUGAAAUAGUGAUAAUUGGAAGUGAAUGUGAGCGAGUGAAACCUUUUCCCGAUCCUUACUUGGAGGGUCUUCGGGCACUUGAAGUAUCCCCUGAGCAUGCAUUUGUGUUCGAGGAUUCUGUUUCUGGAAUAAAAGCUGGGACUGCAGCUGGGAUGCCAGCAGUUGGUUUAGCUGUGAGGAACCCAGAGAAAUUACUGUCUGAAGCCGGCGCAACUUUUUUCAUCAAGGAUUUUACAGAUCCAAAGUUGUGGACAGCCUUGGAAGAUCUUGAGAAGAAAACAGAGGCAAUGGAAGUCACUGCCUGAGCUGGUAAUAGCUUUUAACUUCACUGAAUUUAAAUGUUUUAGAGACAUUCUUUUUAUUCUUUGCAUUAUUAUUUGAGGCUCAAAGAGUCAAAAGUCCGAAGGGACCUUAGUCACAAUGGAAUAUGAUAAAAGAGAUAUCGAGUAAUUAUUUGAGUAACCUUACUUUUUCGGAGAUAAUGGUACGUAAAAAUUGACCAUAUUGCUUCUUUUGGUGCUGAAUAUCACAUUCGUACAUAUCAUCUCAGAAAUUUCUCUAUCAAAGUCUUUUCCUUUUUUUCAUUGCUAAAUAACUUGUUCUACACAUUCUCUUUCUUUACUUUAGGAUGCCUCUGGUGAGUUCGAAUGUUAAACCAUAAAAUAGGAAUACAGAUUUUCUCGGAAAUGAAUGUUCUGAUCGAAAAUUUCUAAACUCUGGUGUCUGUGUAAUAGUUAGAUACUUCUAUAGGUAUUUCAUUUACUCAGAAUAAAAAUCAAAGGCGUUCUGUUGAUUUAUGGC